AUGCUCGAAGAUCAUCACGACGCACCGCCAGCCUAUCGCAGCACCGACAGCUCGCCAACGCUAUGCAGCACACGAACCUCCAUUUCGGAACCUCCCCCUUUUUCCUUGGACAAGGAGGCAGCCGUCGUCGUCGCCGUGCCGACUGUGCGACAGGCGUUUACCAAGCAGGUCUGCAUGAACGUCUUGUGCUACGGCAUACUCGCCUUGUAA